AUGAUGGAGCGUGUGUUCCUAUAUCAAUUGACAAUCGCUCAGCUCAGGUACUCAUUCACCAAGGUGUUCGAUAGAUUGAAGUCGUACUGCCAUGGAGCAGAGGAUUCAAGUGCCGCCACACAAGACGAUCAAGGAUCUUGUUUAUUCUGGCAAGAAAUCAAUGUAUUCUUUGGCAGUGUUGGUCAUUGCGAUAUACGUGGCAAGAUCGUGUAUGUAGGUAAGACAGAGGGAGGCGCCCAGCCUGACGUCUCGCUCUACAAGGAUGCUGCACCUAGACUACAGGCUCUGUUCGAUGAAGAUAUUGUCAUUCUCGGUGACAAAGGAUUCAAAGGAGGUCAGAAGUACUACACCAACACCAUCACCCCCAAGAUCAAGUCGGCUUCAUUGAUCGAUCAUAUGGAGUACACAGACAAGAUGAUCAGAAAACGCACGCUCGAUGAGCAUCGCCUGCGUCAAGGAAAGGAGGCGACCAAGGUAUCUAAGAAGUUGAAGGCAUUGGAAGCCAAGGUCACCAAAGAAGGAUUCGAUGCCGAGCGUAUCCUGAGAGAGAAAGAUGAGAGCAAUCGAAUCAAGAAGGUGAGGAUCAUCAUUGAGAAUGUCUUUGGAGAGAUGAAGAAAUGGAACAUAUUGUCAGACACAAUCAGAUCACUUGGCGACCUUUCUGACAACAUUCAACGACACAACGCACUCUGGACAAUUAUCGCAUAUUUGACCAAUAUGUUCCACUCCUUUGGACGAGACGACGAUUUCUUUAAGGUCUAA